AUGGCCCCCGAGAUCCGCUUCACCCCCGACGGCGUCCCCUACCUUGUCGAAUUCUCCAACGUCACCUUCCGGCACGGCAGCGCCAGCAGCAAAUCUCGCUCCCAGCACCAGCGCAAACCCAUCCCGCCACAAUUCACGCACAACCGGCUCUCCUACCUCUCCACCUCCUCCUCGCUCGACCUCUCGCCCACCGCCGACGACGCCUCGGGCGGGCUGUACAUCCACUUCCCCGCGUGGCCCUCAAAGGGCGCGGGCGGCAUCCCCUUCCCGUCGCUCCCCGCGAAGAAGACGUCGCGCAGCAGGCUGCUGAAGCUGCGCAAGGUCAUCGCGAGCGCGGUGCUCGACGCGGGGAUGGACACGCCGGCCGAGCAGAAGGCGGACCCGCUCGCGGAGGCGGGGCGCCGGCUCAACGUCGACCAUCAGCGCCGACAGUCGUCGUUCGGCGCGCCGGACAUGGGGCGCGGCGCGGCGCUGUUCAGCGGGACGUACGGGCAGGUCGUGAACGCGCUCGCCGCUGCGGGCCUGGCGAUCGCGCCGUGCAGCGAGAGCGGGUUCGAGCACGCGACGCGACUGGGUGCCCUGUUUGUUGUCAAUCCAACGGGAACAGGCGGCGUAGAGUUCCGCAAGCUUACUUUAUGGGCGUGA